GAGGCCGCUACCAGACUGAAGGGGAACCGAGGCUUCCGCUCAGCUGAGAGGCAAGAUGGCUACGGCUGCGGGCGGCUGUGAGGUUGUACGGGGAAGUCAGGGUCUUCUUCACCUUCUGUCUUUCUGCGUCCUAUUGGCAGGUUUGUGCAGGGGAAAUUCAGUGGAGAGGAAGAUCUACAUCCCCUUAAAUAAAACAGCUCCCUGUGUCCGUCUGCUCAAUGCCACUCAUCAGAUUGGCUGCCAGUCUUCCAUUAGUGGGGACACAGGGGUUAUCCAUGUAGUAGAGAAAGAAGAGGACCUGCAGUGGGUGUUGACCGAUGGCCCCAACCCACCUUACAUGGUUCUGCUGGAGGGCAAGCUCUUUAACAGGACUAUAAUGGAGAAGCUGAAAGGGAGAACCGGGCGAAUUGCGGGUCUUGCAGUGUCAUUGGCCAAGCCCACACCCCCCGCUGGCUUCUCUCCUAGUGUGCAGUGCCCCAAUGAUGGAUUUGGUGUUUACUCCAACUCCUAUGGGGCAGAGUUUGCUCACUGUAAAGAUGUGCUGUGGAACCCUCUGGGUGAUGGCUUGGCAUAUGAAGACUUUAGCUUCCCCAUCUUUCUUCUUGAAGACGAAAAUGAAACCAAUGUCAUCAAGCAGUGCUAUCGAGAUCACAACCUGAGUCAGAAGGGCUCCGCACCCGCCUUCCCGCUGUGCGCCAUGCAGCUCUUCUCUCACAUGCACGCCGUCCUCAGCACUGUCACCUGCAUGCGACGCAGCUCCAUCCAGAGCACCGUCAGCAUCAACCCAGAAAUUGUCUGUGACCCCCUGUCUGACUACAACGUGUGGAGCAUGCUUAAGCCUAUAAAUACAUCUGGGACAUUAGAGCCUGAUGACAGGGUUGUGGUGGCUGCCACCCGGCUGGACAGCCGGUCCUUUUUCUGGAAUGUGGCCCCAGGGGCUGAAAGUGCCGUUGCCUCCUUCGUCACCCAGCUGGCUGCAGCUGAAGCUUUGCAAAAGGCACCUGAUGUGACCCUCCUGCCCCGGAAUGUCAUGUUUGUCUUUUUCCAAGGGGAAACCUUUGACUACAUUGGCAGCUCACGAAUGGUCUACGAUAUGGAAAAGGGCAAGUUUCCUGUGAAGUUAGAGAACAUCGACUCGUUCGUGGAACUGGGACAGGUGGCCUUAAGGACUUCACUAGAGCUCUGGAUGCACACAGACCCCAUGUCUCAAAAAAAUGAGUCUGUACGGAACCAGGUGGAGGGCCUCCUGACCACACUGGAGAGCAGUGGAGCCGAAGUUCCUGCUGUUGUCCUCAGGAGGCUGAGCCAGUCCCAGCCCCUCCCACCGUCUUCUCUGCAGCGAUUUCUUCGAGCUCGGAACAUCUCUGGUGUGGUUCUUGCUGACCACUCUGCUGCCUUUCAUAAUAACUAUUACCAGAGCAUUUAUGACACUGCCGAGAACAUUAAUGUGAGCUACCCUGAACAGCUGAGCCCUGAAGAGGAGCUGAACUUUGUGACAGACACCGCCAAGGCCCUGGCAGAUGUGGCCACGGUGCUGGGACGUGCACUAUACCAGCUUGCAGGAGGAACCACCUUCACUGACAGGAUUCAGGCUGAUCCCCAAACGGUUACCCACCUGCUCUAUGGGUUCCUGGUUAGAGCCAACAACUCCUGGUUCCAGUCUAUCAUCAGGCAGGACCUGAGGGCCUACCUGGGUGAUGGGCCUCUUCAACAUUACAUCGCUGUCUCCAGCCCCACCAACACCACUUACGUAGUACAGUACGCCUUGGCAAAUUUGACUGGCAUGGUGAUCAACCUUACCCGAGAACAAUGCCAGGAUCCAAGUAAAGUUCCAAAUGAAAACAAAGAUCUAUAUGACUAUUCAUGGGUUCAAGGCCCUUUGAAUGCCAACGAGACAGACCGCCUCCCCCGGUGUGUCCGUUCCACGGCGCGACUGGCCAGGGCCUUGUCACCUGCCUUUGAACUGAGGCAAUGGAGCUCUACUGAAUACUCCACAUGGACUGAGAGCCGCUGGAAAGAUAUCCGUGCCCGGAUAUUUCUGAUAGCCAGCAAGGAACUUGAGUUUAUCACCCUGAUGGUGGGCUUCGGCAUCCUUGUCUUCUCUCUCGUCGCCACCUACUGCAUCAACGCCAAAGCUGAUGUCCUCUUCAUUACUCCGCGGGAGCCAGGAGCCGUGUCUUACUGAGGAGGACCCUAGCUGUUCCUGCCAGCUCUGCAGCUCAUUUCCUCUACUCUUUGUCCCACUGGGACACAAGCCACUAGUCUGUCACUGGAACUUCUCUGGGCCUGGCUCAGACUGAGGGUAACAUAAAGAAAUGGAACUGUCCAGAAGAGACAGUAAGAGAGAAACAAGCCCCCACCCCUCCAGCUUCCCUUCACCGUCUCCUCCGGUUCCCCAUCUCCCCUUCCUCACUGUCUUCUUUCUUGCCCCUGCUGGAUCCUGGGACUACAAAUAGAGGUUUCUUGUUCCUGUUUUACUCCCUAGGUGCCUACCUUAACUUCCCUUCUUCAGGAUCCCUUUUCUGCUCUUUCCAUUCUGCCCCAUACCGUCCUCAACUCCUCACCCACCCCACUACCCG